AUGACUAAAGUAAGCCUCCUCGGUGCUUCUGGUGGUAUCGGCCAGCCUCUGUCUAUGCUCCUCAAGCUGAAUCCUAUGAUCACCAAGCUCGCUCUCUACGAUAUUAAGCAAGCCAUGGUUCCAUGCGCUGGCGUCGCAGCUGAUGUCAGCCACAUCAAUACUCCUGCUAAGGUGGUUGGCUACGCUGGUGACGAUGAAAUCGAGUCGGCCUUGAGUGGCGCCAACGUUAUUGUGAUGACCGCUGGUGUUCCCCGCAAACCUGGCAUGACCCGCGAUGAUCUUUUCAAGAUCAACGCUGGCAUCGUUCGUGGUCUGGCGACCGCUUCGGCCAAGUAUGCUCCUAACGCGACAUUGUGUAUCGUCUCUAACCCGGUCAACUCCACUGUCCCCAUAGCUGCUGAGAUCUACAAGAAAGCCGGAGUUUUUGACCCCAAGAAAAUCGUCGGUGUAACUCAGUUGGACAUUACUCGUGCGAAUACUUUCGUGAGUGAGAAAACUGGCAUGGAUGUACAGCAUAUGGACGUGCCUGUCAUUGGCGGCCACGCUGGCGAGACUAUUAUGACGCUGUUCUCCCAGGCUAGGCCUGAAGUCAAACUCGACCAAGCUACUAUUGAGGAGCUCGACAAGCGUAUUCAGAACGCCGGUACUGAGGUCGUCGAGGCAAAAAACGGUGCUGGCUCGGCUACUCUCUCUAUGGCCUAUGCAGCUGCUAAGUUCGUCGAUGUUGUCAUUCGUGGCCAAUGCGGACAAAUCUCAACCGCCUGCGCCUACAUCAACGAGCCUUUCGAGGAUGUCUCGUAUUUCUCCUACAGGUGUGACUUUGGCCCUGAGGGUGUGUCCAGAAUACAUCCACUUGAAGGACUCACUCCGUAUGAGAAGGGCCGCCUUGAGGAGGUGAAGAGGAAGUUGAAGGGGGACAUUCAGAAUGGUAUAACCUUUGCCAACAACUAA